CUGUACAGGAAUAAUAUACCUUUGUUGUAGAACACGGCAGUGGCGACUGAAGUAUUACUCUUACAUUUGAUCAAAUCUACAACAUAAACAAGGUUUAACUGAACAAAUAAAACAGCACAUUACUCUAGGCUCUUAUAUGUCCUGAACUGAAUAAAAUUUGACAUAAAUGGAGAUGCUGAACUGCUACAUGUGUAUCUGAAUUAUUUUUUCACUUCUCUCAAGAGGUGUCAUGUUUCAUCCUCCUCUUUGGUGCCGAGGGAUUGGACAUUUACUGACUCCUCCCUAACUAGGACAGUCAUGCCUCUACAGCAGGACUUACCUGUGAGAGCUGGUGAAGCAACAGUAAGUCUCACCAUCAAAGGCAAAAACCUGACGGACAGGACAAAGAUAGACUGACUGAACAACUGAGCUGCAUCGGACGAUGGCCUCCACCCACUCUGUACGCAGCUACUCGGUGCGUCAGCCCUCCUUCUCCAGCAUGUCUGUUAGGGACAGUGGGCGCAGCCUCCGCUCCAAGCCUCCCGUCUCCCCUCUGUCCACUGUCAGUCCUCUGUCUAUGUCCCGCUCCCUUUCUGUGGGCAACGGCCUCAACAUGCUGGGCUCCAGCCUCUCCGUCAAUGGCCUUGGUUCCAAUGAGAAAGAGACAAUGCAGGGCUUGAAUGACAGGCUGGCUAACUACCUGGACAAGGUGCGAACCCUGGAGAGGUCCAACGCUGAGCUGGAGGUGAAGAUUAAGCAGCUCAUGCUGGAGAAAACUCCAAAGGGGCAUGACAUUGAGGGGAUGAUGGCACAGGCACAUGCCAUCGGGCAAGAGGUGAGAAAGAAGACCCUGGAGAAUGCCCGGAUCAUGCUGGAGAUUGAUAAUGCCAAGCUGGCAGCUGAUGAUUUCAGGGUCAAAUGGGAGGCGGAGGCCACCUUGUGCCAGUCGGUAGAGAGGGACUGUCAGGCUCUGAGGAGAGCAAAGUCGGACCACGACCAGAUCAUUGCCACCCUGCGUGGAGAUCUGGACAGCCUGAAGGAGGAGUUGUACUUCCUCAAGAAGAAUCACGAUGAGGAGAUAAGCUCCUUGAAGGCUCGUCUGGCCAACGAGCAGGUGAACGUGGAGGUGGAUGCAGCUCAGGGGCCUGACCUGGGGGCCAUAAUGGCUGAGCUGAGGGUCCAGUAUGAGGGCAUCACUCGUAAGAACAAGGAGGAAGCCGAGGCCUGGUACCUCAAGAAGUUAGAGGCAGUUCAGUCUGAGGUCAAGGAAAGCAACGAAGCACUGCGUUGUGCCCAGAGCGAUCUCAGUGAGAGGAGGCGUUUGCUUCAGGCUCUGGAGGUCGAGCUCGACAGUCUUCGCAAGCAGGUGAGCGUUUUGGAGGGAAAUCUGGGAGAAACAGGACACAAGUACUCUGUGGAGAUGGACCGUCUUCAGGCCACUCUGACGCAGCUGGAGGACGAGCUGUCUCAGCUGCGUUUGGACAUGCAACGCAACAAGACCGAUUAUGAGCAGCUGCUGCGCGUCAAGCAGAACCUGGAGAUGGAGAUCGCCACUUACAGGAGGCUGCUGGAAGGGGAGGAAAUGGUGAAAGACGUACCUCCACCUCCUAAAAAAGACCCCGAGGUAAGGACCAGGAAGAUUGUAAAAGUCGUCACUCAGACCAUGAUCAAUGGCAAGGUGGUCGACGAGUCCAGUGAGGUGGAGCAGAUCGAGGAGCAUAAAAAAUGAGCGGAGAUCAAUCAUCAAAUGUGCCAUGAAUCCAAAGUGCCUGCUGACUACAUCCACAUGUUUUCUAGUUUAUUUCUCUGCAUGUCUUCGUGUCAAAAAGUUUGUAAUAUCUGAAAAUGAAAAUGAAGAUUGAAGCCUUGUCUAAAAGAUAUUAUCCAUUUAUUCUACUUCAUUAUGAAAAUUUCAAUAUUUUUACUUUGACUUCAGUACAAGGUUGUGAUUUUAUAUUUCUUUUCAAAGGAGUCCAUGAAGUUUUUAACAAGUCAUUAUUCUUUAAAUGAAAAAAAAGUUAUAUCCAAUUAAAACAUUUUCUGAAAUGUCCCACUGUCAUUCGAUUUAAGAAAAGAAAUUAACCUGUCAAGUCUGCUUUCAUUUCCAUGGUCAAAGUAAUUGAAAUUCACUUAUAUUUGUCUUUGUUGUAUUCAGUUCAUAUCAAGAAGUUUAGAGCUUUGGCUUCAUUUGUGUGAAAGUUUGGUGUAAAAUCCCAGUUGAAGUAUCUUUUUGUCACAAAUGGAACAUUAAAAGCUGCUUUAUAAGGUCAAUAAAGGAAUGAAGUGUUUAAAAUGUGACUUCUGGUUAGUUUUGAGCUCAAACAGAAAAUGGGAGGGACACAAAAGGAAAUAAGAUUCUGCACCAAAUGGGCAGAACCAGCUGACCUGUAUGCAACAGUGUCGGGUAACAGCCUGCUGGGAGAGUGUGUCUCUGAGA